UCUGCCUAUGGUUGUAGUUUAGCAAUGGCAGUGGAAGAAGUGAACGAAGUCGUUCAGUCCAUGUUGGCCACAGUUCCAAAUAUUGAGCAGUUAAAGUCGGUGCAAGAGGAAUGUGUAAGACAUUUUAUUGCUGCCAAAGAUUCCAUGGUUCUACUCGACUCUUCUCUCCUUGCAGUGGAGGAUGGUUGUUUCCAGCUCACGCAAUGGACCUUACCAAGCGCCGCCCACAACCGACCUAGAAAAUCCCACGUGGCCUCAAGUCUCACAAACAAAACCUGGCGACGCGUUGUUUCUAUGUAAACAUGGCGUCUUCCACUUCGACUGAUUCUCUGCAGUGUACUUCUGACUCGAUUAGUGCAUCAUUUCUAUCGGAUUUUCACAAUAUAUCAGCUACUACAAUGGAUAGAGGAACUAAGAAGUUCAUGUCAUCUUUUUUGGAUGAGAUCAAGGUGUUUGAGCCACGCGAUGCCUCCAACAUUGUGCACGUCACAGCAAAAUGCUUUCACUCGAUGAAGAAAAUGGCAGAUCCACACACCCUCUACAUCAAUAUAGCUGUGGACAAGAUCACUGAUGCCUAUUGGUCUCGCAAGGCUGGCCUCUGCCUCCUUGCCAAAUUAUCAACAGCCAUGAGCCAGUGGCGAUCCAGCGUUUCCUUCCAAGCCUCCAGUGUUUCUACAACCCUUUUCUGUCCACGGAUUGACCCCCCCGCCAAGCCCUUCACGGAUCCCUUCUGUUCUGGAUUUCUGGACCCUGACCCAAGCUUUGUCUCACGACCACUGAGUAUUGCCUGCCCCUCAAGCUACGUUUGCUCUCUCUGUCCUCCUGUGUAUGACCUCUGCCUGAUUAUCGUCAAAGUCCCUCGGUGUUGCCUCUUGGAUCUCCUUGUGGAAAUCUUCGUUGCUUCCGUAGUAGCCUGUUCUACCUGGUUACCUGCACCUCCCUGUCGUCAGACCCUUGGUUUCUCAGCUCCACUCGUCCACUGCUCUACAGUGCUGUGUUUGACGACCUCAUCCUGAGCAGCAACCAGAGUCUGUAAAUUUAAUUAAACUUGUUUUUUCCUUUGC